UAUAUAUAUAUAUUAUAUGAAUCCUGUUGUGUGAAGUUCAUCGCCCAAGUGUGAGAAAGAGAGUGUGAAACGGACUUUGCAUUAACAAACUUCACCACCUCCAACUAUCUAACUCCCCCAAAUUUAGCAUUUUUUUAGUUAAAAAUUGCUUGUUUCUCCUCUCUUUGCUAUUUCUCUUCCUCUCCUUUCACUCUCUCUCUCUCUCCCUCUAAAAUUAUCUCCCUCUCUCUCUCUCUCUAAAUUAACACCUAUAUAUGUAUAGAUGAACUGGCGGACUAAUCCACACUUACUCUCUGGGUUGUCUUUUGACUCCUAAACUCUCUCACAUUCACUAUAUAUAAAUAUAUACAUAUAUACAUAUAAACGCCCCCACUCUUCUCCCCUACCUUGCUUCCUCCAACCAGCCCCCCUUUCUCUCUCUCUCUCUCUAGAUUUUCUAUUAGUUGUGGUGCUGGUGGAGAAGCAUGGAAGCUAUAGACGAACUCACAGGUCCUAAAGAUCAUUCCCACAUCGUAAAAGGCAAGCGAACGAAGCGACAACGGCCACAAUCUCCGAUACCAUUCACGAUCACCGCCAACUCUUCAAGCGGAGAUGGAGGCGGCGGAUAUGGCAGCAAUGGAGACAUCAUCAACAACAACAACCACCACCACCACGAAACGAAUUACUCGUCCCCGGCCACUUCCGGUGAGUUCAUGGAUAGCACGACUGAGGAAGAGGAAGACAUGGCGAAUUGCCUGAUUCUUCUGGCUCAGGGUGGCCAUUCAAGAGAACCGUCUAACCCUAAAGAGGACGAAGAGGCUGCCGGAUUAACGUAUAAAUUUACGAGUAAGAGAUACUUAGAAGCCCCGUCGUCGGGGAAUGGCAAGAUGGGGAUUUUUGUGUACCAAUGCAAGACUUGCAGCCGGACUUUCCCUUCAUUUCAAGCUUUGGGUGGACAUAGAGCUAGUCACAAGAAGCCUAAGCUGAUGGCCGCCGCUGCCGCCGCGGAGGAGAGGAAGAGGCCGGUAGUGUUGUCCGACGAGGAAGAGCCUCUCUCCCUUCAAUUGAGCAACAAGGGUUUCUAUGGCAGUGCCACUAAAUUCAAGGUCCAUGAGUGUUCAAUAUGUGGGGCUGAGUUUUCGUCCGGACAAGCUUUGGGAGGUCAUAUGAGGCGUCACCGGGGUCCUAGCGGUACCAACACAACCUUGUCUUUGAGUCCUACAAGUCCUCCUAUUGUCUUGGAGGCCGAGGAAACCAACAACAAGGCUAGAAAUGUGUUGACUCUGGAUCUCAACCUUCCGGCUCCCGAAGACGAUCAUCUUCGGGAUUCGAAGGUUGCCUUGUCCUCGAAGCAGCAGCAACAACAAUCACCUCUCGUCUUCCCAGCCACUCCUGCUUUGGUGGAUUGUCAAUACUGAUGUUCAAUUUUGUUUAUACACGCGAGUUUCGGCUAUGGAUAUCUGAAUCUCAAAAGUAGAUGAAUGUGAGAAUUAACCAUCUAUGAUCAUUAUUCUUGAUGUUAUACAGUUGCAAAACUAUUGAUUUUUUUUUUUUUUUUUUCUUUCUUUUUCUUUUCCUUUUGAAUUCUUUUUGACAUAUUGAUCAUUUGAUAAUUGGAAUUGGAAUUCUUUGAUUAAUUAAUUCUUUGUGAAGCUGUUUGUGUUGUGAUGGGAUUUUGAUUCAUGGAAAGUGCAUGAAGGGCAUUCUUUUUCUUUUUUUCCUUUUUGAUUUGGUUUUGUUGUUAUUUUCAGUAGGAAGGAAUGUGCAACACUAGUGUGUGUG